GGGCUGCAGUACAGCGUCGGCCGAAGUCGUCGAAGAAGAAGGUUAGGUUCGUAGGUGCAAAAAAGUCGAUGGGGGAUUAUCGUUCAGGGGCGGGGCGAGAGCACGGGAUGGAAGGGGCAGGCUUUACCAGCGGGACGGAUGUGCGGGAACAUCGUUUUGAUCCAGUGUUGUACUCGCAUCUCCCCUCUUGGCAACAGCCCCUGCCAGACGAUAAUCAUUGGGAACCGCCUCCAUCGACUCUUCCACUUGAAUGGGGGUCGACGCAGACUUCUUACGACACAGUGGGGAUACCUCACCGUCGUGCCAGUUCCUUGGGGCCCAUGUCUGCGCUCCUCGGCGAAGUUCGCGAAGGGGGCGGACAUCCUCUUGAUCUUCAUCUAUCCCCUUCAUGCAGCAUGCACGUCUCGAGGACGCUGAUCGUCGACCACAGCAGCGAUGGCCGCCGUCCCAUGACAGUUGCAACGGACGUGCCUACGAAGGGAUUGUCCAGCGCGUCAGUGAAUCGGCAACAAGAAGUGGCGAUGAAGGACAUUGGUGCGGCUGCUGCGGAUAGCGUGCAGAGGGGUGUAAYGGGUGGGACGACGGCUGCGGAAUCCCYGCCURUCAUUGAACGAAUCRUAGCGCGAGUGUCAAACAUGCGUGCGAYGGGCCAAGGUGAACAGGGCGGCGUCGGRAACGCGGGUUGUGAGGAAGAGGGUGAAGUCGAUGRCGAYGACGAAGAUGACUCGGAUACUGAUGAGGAGGAGGAGGACGUUGUUCAAGAAGUGACAGCUCGUGGGGGCAAGAAAAAAGGAAGCAAUGGCCGUGGGAAAGGUAAGGCCAAGAAAGGUGGCGAGGGGGGGGGCGGGAACAGGAGGGGGCUGUGGGAUCUGAAYGAAUCCCUCGUUCUUGUGCRGUGCAAGAGGGAUCAGGAGGACUACCUCGCGAAUGYUGGUAGUAACUUCGYGCGGWUGAAGACGRAAGAGUGGAAGUGGACGGACAUAUCAAACCRGAUGAGGCAGCAAGGUGUAAUGCGAGACUGGGACUCGUGCAUGAAGAGGUGGGAGAACGUCAUUGGCCAUUACAAGAAAGUGCUUGAGAGGGAGAAGGAGUCGGGUGUACAAUCCUUCUUCACAUUGACGGCGAAGCAGCGCAAGCAGCUGGGGUACAAGUUCACGAUGGACCGGAUGGUGUAUGACGCCAUUGACGGGAUGCAGCAGGGCAACCAGGCUAUACAUCCGCCAAAUCUGGCGGACUCGGGCAUUCCCCAACCUCAACAGUCCCAACAAGGCGAGCAAAGCCAUGUCCACGGGCCACCGGCCACAGGCGAGACAUCCGCCAGUGAAAACGGUGAAGGUGAAGGCGGUGAUGGGUGCGGCACCCGGUCGUCAGGUUCCGCACCCCACGGAAAGAGGAAGAAUGCCCGCCAGCUCGCGUUCGACUCUGUGACUGAUGUCAUGAAGACCCACUCCACCGUCGUCACCAAUUCCAUGGACCGCGCAAGCAAACGACAGUGUGAGGUGCUUAAGCGACAAUGCGACAUAAUGGAACGUGAAGCGAUGACGCAGGAAAGGCAAUGCGAUGUGCUGGACGCCGGCCAGCGGAUGCUUUGCGAUGCUCUGCUGAAGAUAGCGUCGGCAUUCGUGUUCAGGGAGAGCAUGGACGUCGUGGUCGCGCUGAGAGGGCGGAUUGCGGGGCGGACGGUCGUCUUUUACGAAAUGAGACACCGCAGAGAUAGGGACUGCGGACGGGCGUUUGACUUCGUGCAGAUGGUUACACAUCAUGAAGUGAGGCACUUUGAGGUGGAUGAGAAUGGGCGCGCUUGCCUGCGCUUGACUGUCGGUUACGGUUUCGCCCGUGGAUUGCUCACGCACGUUGUCGCUUUCGCGACGAAGGUCGGGGAUGCGAUUCCCGAUCGGUGGGAUUUCGGUGUUGAUGUUCUCGCCGAUCUCAUUGAUCUUCUUGUUUCCAACGUGGCGAUGGAGUUCAAUGAUCGCUUAGACGAGGCUGGUGCGUACAGGGUCCACGUGGACCCGCCACUAUACGGUCGUGAGUAUCUGCAUGGCGAGAUCGGGAUUGUUCUCGAUGGUUUUGAGUAGACAUCGUGCGUGACUUCGGGGAUGCGAAGAUUCUUCUGCGUUUUGGCGUAUACUGCACGGGGAGAGAGAGGGAGAGAGAGAGAGAGAGAGAGAGAGAGAGAGAGAGAGAGAGAGAGAGAGAGAGAGAGAGAGAGAGAGAGAGAGAGAGAGGAGGAGGAGCGGAACGUGUUCGACGGGCAAACCUUGUGACGAUGGGUUACGCCCUUGUAUUUUUUUCCGUUCCUGGUGAACAUUACAUAGCUCCGAGAUUCCAUUUGUUAGGGCGCAAAGAAGUGGAGAGUCGAUCCUUCUUCCCCGUGUUUUUUUUGCGGGUAGAGGCAAUCAAUGCUGCCGCGUUGU